AUGUCCUUAUCGCUUCCUUGUCGAUACGCUUUCUCACCUGGCUCGAAUCCUGUCCGCAUCAGCAGAAGCAACAACCUCUGCUUCGCUGUACGGACCUCUCACCGGAACACGAAACUGUUCCCUCAACCUAUUUACCUCCGCCACGUCACCAAUUCGGAGACCGUGCGGGUCUGUAGAGCUCAUGCUUCAUCUCUCGGAUCAUACGAAGACAGCAACUCCUCUUCUUCAGACCAAGAAGGUUUCGAUUUGAACAGCUUUGUUUCUGUCGCGGAGGUGCUUUGUAUUGUAUCCUCCGCCGUGAUCUCGGUGGUUCUCGCGGUGAACUAUGCUGUGGUUGGUGAAAUUGGGAGAAAGGUUUUGUCUUUGGGUUUUGUCGGAUUAUUGGGUUCGGUCGUGUCUGGUUCUUGGCUCAGACGACAGCAAUGGAUGAGGAUUUGCAAAGGAACUAGAGAAGGCGAGAAUCCAAAUCUGAUUAGACGGUUAGAGAAGCUUGAAGAGGAUUUAAAAACCUCGACCAACAUUGUUAGAGUUCUGUCUAGACAUCUUGAGAAACUUGGGAUCCGAUUUCGAGUCACCAGAAAAGCUCUCAAGGAACCCAUUUCUGAGACUGCAGCUUUGGCUCAGAAGAAUUCUGAGGCUACAAGAGUGUUAGCUGCACAACAAGAGACUCUGGAGAAGGAGCUUGGUGAGAUUCAAAAGGUUCUGCUUGCUAUGCAGGAUCAACAGAGAAAGCAACUUGAGCUUAUCCUUACAAUUGCCAAGAAGGGGAAGCUGUUUGAGAGCACUAGUAGCAAGCAAGCAAGUGAAUGA